CCUUUUGGGUUAAUCCAAUCUCUCUCUAUUUUUAUGUUUCUUUCUCUCUAAACAUCUCUGUCUCUUCUUUCUUUCUCAUCAAUCAAAGGCUUUCUUUUUCAUUUCCAUUUUUUUUAUAUUUUGUAUCAAUCAAUCCGACUCUCCAUUUAAAGGAAAAUGGAUGUUCAAGGUAGAGUAGUUUGCAACUCUGACAUCCAAAGUGAAGAAGAGAUGGACUUGAGAAGAGGCCCAUGGACUGUUGAGGAAGAUUUGACUCUCAUGAACUACAUCGCUAACCAUGGUGAAGGCCGUUGGAAUUCUCUGUCUCGUUGUGCAGGUCUUAAGCGAACUGGGAAGAGCUGCAGAUUAAGGUGGCUCAACUACUUGCGCCCCGAUGUUAGACGCGGAAAUAUUACUCUCGAAGAACAACUUCUGAUUCUUGAACUUCAUUCACGCUGGGGCAAUCGGUGGUCGAAAAUUGCUCAGCACUUACCCGGAAGGACUGACAAUGAGAUCAAGAACUACUGGCGAACCCGGGUUCAGAAGCACGCGAAACAGCUCAAAUGUGACGUGAACAGCAAGCAAUUCAAGGACACCAUGCGCUAUCUCUGGAUGCCGAGGUUGGUGGAGAGAAUUCAGGCUGCCGCUACAGCUUCCGGCUCCUCCUCCGCCACCACCUACCACCACCACUACCACCACACCACCACCACCACCAACAACAUCAGCAUGAGCUCCUGCCAACCCCAAAUUGUUCCACCACCGCCCGCUGUCCAUGCCCCGAGUUUCACGGCGGAGAAUUCGAGCACGGCGGCGUCAUCCGACUCGUUUGGGACGCAGGUUUCGCCGGCCUCUGACCUGACUGCUGAGUAUUACAAUAAUCCGGUUAAUAACAACCAAAACCAGGAUUAUUACCAAGUUAAUCAGGUUAGCUACCCAGAUUCUCUAACCAGCCCCUCUGGUUACCUUAACCGUGGUUUAGAUUUCCAGGCCGUGGAGCAGAUCAGCCAGUGGUUUGAUGCCGGGGACACAUCCGACUAUUUGUUGAACGCUGAGGACAUUUUGUUCUUACAGCAGCAGUUUAACAACAUGUAAACAAAACACAAAGACACCAAAUACAAGUAAAUUUUGUGUACAAGGGCAGAGGUUUAGUUGUGGAUUGUAACCUUAAAUUGGUAUUUUGUGUAGACUAAUGCUAUACAUAAACAGAUUUAUCAUCCAAUUUUCUUACCACACUAAUACAUACACGUGAAAUCCAUGUGUUUGUCUAUUGGUAUGAAAAUUAUAUUUGAAAUCCGUUUAUGUAUAACAUUUUUUUUUUUAAAUAUCUUUUGAUUUUUUUUUAUAUAUUUUUAUUUGGGGGUUAAACUUGUAAUUUGAGAUUUUUUGAUCUCAUUCUUUGAUAUUGACUUAUUUUUAAUGGUCGAUGCAAUUCUUAGCCUCCGCUUCACAAUACAAAUAAAAUUUGUGAACAAUGAUGGAAUUA